AUGUCACGGUUCGAUAUCGACGAAACAAAAUCCAAAACAGACGACUCCAACGGCUCCCAGCCUCUGUACUGGAGCACAUGGAGAAAGCAGGUGAACUUCGCCUUUGUCGCUCUCUUCACUCUCACAUCUUUUGCAACAAUGUGUCAAGCAUCCGUUGUCUGGGGACCCCAGACAAGGGAUCUGGGCUGGCAGUUUGAACAGCUCAACAGAGGCUACGCUUUUAGCAUAGCUGGCCAGGGUUUGGGGUGUCUUCUGAUGAUCCCCGUGGCCAUCAAAUUCGGAAGACGGCCGGUCUAUCUCUUUGGUGUGGCUCUGUCAUUGUGCACUUCGCUGUGGCAGGCGCAAAUGACGUCUCUCCAUGAGCUGUACACAGUUUCGUUUUUAGAAGGCAUGGCUGCCAGUUUGACCGAGGCGUGUGUCCAAAUGACGAUUGCAGACCUAUUCCCGGUCCAGAGCAGAGGCACCUACAACGGCAUGUACAUCAUUGCAGUUUCGGUGGGCAACUUUCUCAUUCUGGUGCCUGCUGGAGCCAUAGUCAACCAGUGGGGCUGGAGAGCUGCGUACUGGGCGAUUGGCCUGUUUCAGAUGGUCGAGUUGGUUGCAUCUUUGUUUCUGUUUGAAGAAACUAAACCUGGCCAUGUGUCUGGUCAAAAGUUGAGCAUAUAUCCUCGGUCAUCUUCAAAGAGUGACGAAGAGGAGAGAGAAACAUUGGUUAACGACAUGGAAAGACACAACUCGUAUGAUACCGAGAGAAGCGCGUCCAGAGGAUGCAUCAAGUGCACCGACUCGUUUCCACAUAUCCCGUUGGUCACAGUUACUCCUGGCUGGUCGAGUUUCUUCAAGUCUUUCUACACUCCGUUUGUCCUACUGGCUUCGCCCAUUGUCGCGUUUGCCGCAAUCACCUAUGGAUUUUUGCUGCUGGCUCUGUCAAUGUCGUCGGUAGUGACUUCUCUCAAGUUUGCAGAAGCCCCCUAUAGCAUGAGUCCCUGGUCCAUUGGUCUGGUGUUCAUUUCUCCGUUUGUGGGCAUGACCAUGGGCUCCUUUUUCGGCGGGUACUUGUCUGACUGGGACAUUGUGCGAAGAACAAGACUCAACAGUGGCGUCUACAGUCCACAGAUGCGACUGAAACUCAUCUACCCAGGUCUAUUGGCCGUCACGGCAGGUCUGCUAACUUUUGGCAUCUCGGUGUCAAGAGGAGUUCAUUGGGUGGUGCCAACUCUUGCGUUUGGAGCUGUUUCUUUCGGAUUUGGAAGCGUGGGAUCCAUAGUAUUGACCUAUCUGAUCGACUACAAGGAGUCUCUGGCUGCUCAGUCUCUGGUUGCUGUUGUGGUGGUCCGAAACUCCAUCUGUAUGGUGGAGUCCUUCUCCUUGUCUCCGUGGGUGGAUUCGGUUGGGGUUGACAAUGUGUUCAUCACAGCGGGCUGUUUCUCGCUGAUCCCCAUCUUUUUGGCAUUGGCGAUUGAGCUGUUUCAUCGCAAGUCUUAG